AUGCCAAACACUGACUGUACGGUACAAAUACGUCUAAAUUCACUGGACCAGAGUUCUUACACGCCUGCACUCGGGCAUCCCGGUAUCCACCGAGAUCAGAAAGAAUGCCAUAGCGUCACUCUGCAAGCAAACGAGUUAGCGGUUAGGAAAGCCUGUACUCCCCAAAGGGAGGAAGAGAACAAGUCGUCUCUGCAGUGUACUUCUAGAGCGCCGAGUAUGUUUUCAACUCACAACAUCAACAGUAAUUCGAUACGGGCCUCGAGUUGGUAUCUCACAACUCCCGUGCAUGAUGAUUUUAGCCUGAGUCGUGUCCAUAGAGUAGCUCUCUCAGCAACCGACCGAAUCUCGAAUCUUUAG